AUGGGGCGGUUACGCUGGCAGGUGGUGGCGGUGGUGGCCGUGGGCCUCGCGCUCGCCCUGGAGGCGCUGCCCUCAGCCCUGCGUUGGUGGUGGGCCGGGCGGCGGCGGAGGCCACGGCACGAAGUUCUCUUCUUCCCCUCGCAAGUGACCUGCACCGAAGCCCUGCUGCGGGGGGCGGGCCCUGGGCCAUCGGCACCCCCAGCAGGCUGCCGGUGCGGCCUGCCCCAUGGCGAGAGCUCCCUGAGCCGCCUCUUGCGCGUCUUGCUGGCUGCCCGCGUGAGCCUGGAGCUUUGCCUCUUCGCUUUCUCCAGCCCGCAGCUGGGCCGGGCGGUGCAACUGUUGCACCAGCGCGGGGUGCGCGUCCGUGUCGUCACUGACUGCGACUACAUGGCACUCAAAGGCUCGCAGAUCGGCCUGCUUCGCAAGGCAGGUAUUCAGGUGCGACAUGACCAGGACCUGGGCUACAUGCACCACAAGUUUGCAAUCGUGGACAAGAAGGUGCUGAUCACCGGCUCCCUCAACUGGACCACACAAGCCAUUCAGAACAAUAGAGAAAAUGUUUUGAUUAUGGAGGAUGAAGACUAUGUAAGGCUUUUUCUGGAAGAAUUUGAGCAUAUUUGGGAAGAGUUUAACCCUACAAAGUAUACUUUUUUCCCACAAAAGAAGAGAAGUCACUGA